CUAACAUUUAUUCAAAUGGUAUGUCGACACAUCUGAUACGCAUGUUGAUACUUCGUUUUCUUUCGCAACAUGACAGUCUAACCUACAAUACAUCUUUUGUAAGGGUUCGAGGACUUAUUAGAUCUAUUUGCCAAAUAACUCAAUUGACGAUGCCUUCAAGACUGACAUAUUCAAAAUCAGGAGAUCCUAUCGAGGUUUUACGAAAAGAAGAUUGUCCUUUACCAAACCUGGAAGAUGGAGAAGUACUUCUCGAAAUGUUGGCAGCACCUGUCAACCCUGUAGAUAUCAACAUUAUUCAAGGAAAAUAUCCGAUGCACACGGAAGCGCCAGGUUAUGAAGGUGUAGCUAGAGUUGUUAAGGUAGGAUCUCAUGUUGAGAAUUUAAUAGUAGGGGAUCAUGUGGUACCCAUGAAAUACGUUGGUACAUGGAGGACUCAUUUGGCUCUACCAGAAGCGGUGUUACUUAAAGUUCCCAAGGAGCUGGGACUGGCGGAGGCGGCGACAUUGGCCAUCAACCCUCCUACGAUGUACCGAAUGUUGAAAGAUUACGUACAAUUACAGGCUGGCGAUACGGUUGUGCAAAACGGUGCUAAUUCUGCUUGUGGUGUCAUUGCUAUUCAGCUAUGCAGAAUUUGGGGUAUCAAAACAGUUAAUGUCAUCAGGGACAGACCGGAUAUAGGAAAACUGAAAAACUUUUUGAAGGAUUUAGGAGCCACCUACGUGUUCACGGAAGAAGAGUUCGCAAAAACCGAUAUAUUCAAAUCGGGGGCCCUCGACAAACCAUUACUAGCCCUGAAUUGUGUAGGCGGAAAAAGUGCAACUCAGCUAGUACGUCAGUUGGACUUCGGUGGGGUUUUGGUUACUUACGGGGGCAUGUCGAUGGAACCUGUUUCUGUGCCUACCUCUGCACUCAUUUUCAGAGACAUCCGUUUAGAGGGUUUCAGUAUCAAUCGCUGGUACGAGAACGAGGACAAUAUUACUGAAAGAGCCAAAAUGUACACGGACCUUAUUUCGUUGCUCUCAAAAGGGGAACUCAAGGCACCACCUCAUGUUUUUGUAAGUUUCGAGAACUACAAAGAUGCCAUCAAAAAUACUCUUUCGAAAAACGGUAUGGUUGGCAAGAAGUAUAUAUUGGACUAUGGUGUCCAGUUCAAUAAUAAAAUGUGAAGGUUAAACAAGUUGUGAAAGAUUAGGUCUUCACAAGUUCAGGGAUAUUUUUGAGAAAUUAGAUUACCUAUUUUAAUUGUAACUUUUGAACUCGCUGAAAUUGAUGAUUAUAUUUGUAUCAGUCGUAUAUCUCAUGAGUAUAAAUAAAUUUUGAUAGCAUGGUAAAGUU